AAGGCACCGCGCCUCCAUUAACCACAAGUCCACACCACAACAACACAACAAACACCUGAGCGUGCAAAACUAGUUACCAAGUGUAGUACACACACUAGCUAGCCAGAUCCACCAAGAAGAAGAAGAUCAUGGAGAGAGUGACGAAGCUAUCCUCCGAAAAGGCGGUGGUGAUCUUCACGGCGAGCGAGUACCCGAUGUGCCACACGGUGACCAGCCUCUUCUCCGACCUCGGCGUGGCGGCGGCGGAGCACGAGCUGGACAAGGACCCCCGGGGCCGCGAGAUGGAGCGGGACCUCGCACGCCGCCUCGGAGGCCGCGCGCCGCCCGUCCCCGCCGUCUUCAUCGGCGGCAAGCUCGUCGGGUCAACCGACAGGGUCAUGUCGCUCCACCUUGGUGGCAAGCUUGUGCCCAUGCUCAAGGCCGCCGGGGCCAUCUGGCUCUGACAACCAAUCUAGCUAGCUGUUGCUAGUAAAUUUUGCAUCCAUGCGUGUGUGCGUAAGAGAAAUGUGUGCGUGAGGUUAAUUCGGCUAAGUUCGAUCCUCAGGUGAGAGAGAUCGAGAGAAUAGAUAAUUUCCCAAGAAGGCGAGAGUAUGAGAAGUUUUUUUUCUCUGCAGCUAGCCAUAAUUAUUAAGGAAUAUGAUAAAUCUAAGUAAUCUUUCAAGGAAAAGUUGACUUGUUUUCUGUUUCCAACUAUUUUUUGGACAACGGUGUACUAUUACAUGCAUGGCAACUAUUACUAGUACCUCCGUUCCUAUAAGAAGUCGUAUCAAUGUAAUAUCAAGCUAACAGAAUUCUCUUUUUGUCAAUCGGUGGGUGACAUGGCAACUCCGAGCGCCAAAGCCAUCCACUUGUCACAGAUCCUGCUUUGUGGGGGAUGAGGGACCUUUAGUGUGCAGUUUCGAUAAUUCGGGGAGAAGAGUAUAUAUAUGAAACAAAAUAGAGAUCAUUUGCAUACUUUUCAUCAAGUUGGGGGCGAAAAAUGUGUAUGAAACACAAAUAGAGACCAUCUGUGUAUUUUUCA